AUGGCGUCCGGCAUACAGGCGUGUGCUCGAUGCUCAGAUAAUUUCAUUGUGAAUACCAAGAAUAUUUCUUGCGAUUUUUGCAAAAAGUUGUUCCAUCAUCAUUGUGCUGAGGUCGACGACAAAUUAGCUAAAGUUAAGCGUGAUUGUGCGGGAAUCAAAUGGUUCUGCAGCGAUUGUCUUCCAAUGAUAAAUGGCAAGCUGAAAAUGGCAGAUUUUGGGGAAGCAGUAUUUAAUCGAAAACCUGAAAAGUCUGAAGUUAGAAUGGUGUCUGGUUCACGGGCGUCAAGGAGCAGUGCUAGUAUGCCCGAAAGUGAUUUAGCUGUAUUGGAAAAAGAAAUUGAGUGCCUGGUAAGAGAAAAAAAUUUGAUCGAUAAAAUCGCAAACGAGAGAGGUUAUAUUGUGGAAAUUCAGAAAAAACUCAUAAGUGACCUUGAAGAUAAAUUUCGAAGUCAGCCAGUGGGCAACAGCAGCAAAAACAAAGAUUGUGUUUCGUACAGUGCUAUCGUGGAAAAAGUGGACCAUUCAUUUUUGUUGAUUAAGCCUGCAGAUCGUUCUACUUCGUACAAAACUGUCGAAAAUGAUUUUAAAUCUCGUUAUUCGCCUGGUGCUCUUAAUGUCAAUAUCAACAAGACUAAACUCAACAUAAAUGGUCUGAAUGUUGAUACAGGGUGUACCUAA